GCCGCCUUCGCGGACCCUCCGGCAAGAACGUUCGGCUUUUGCGGCGCCCAGGCCUGGGGCCCGGCCGGGACGCUCGCCCGCACGGAGGUUCCGCGGCGCGGCUGGCCGGUCGCUGGCGUGGGCGCUGCCCAUGGCGCCGCCCCUGGCCCCGCUCCCCACUCGGGAACCAGACGGGGCCGCGCGUGAACGACGGAACCCCGUGAGGUUCGCGGACGUGGCCGUGUACUUCUCCCCCGAGGAGUGGGGGUGUCUUGGGCCCCCGCAGAGGACCCUGUACCGGGAUGUGAUGCGGGAGACCUACGGCCACCUGUGCGCCCUCGGAUUCCGAGGCGCCAAGCCCACCCUCAUCUCCUGGGUGGAGGAGGAGGCCGAGCUGUGGGUCCCCGAGGCCCGGGAUCCGGAGAUAGGAGAGUGGUCUUCAAGAGCAGAUCCAGAUACCAGAAACCAGGACGGGAAGGGAGAAUGCAAAGGAACCCUGACCACAAAGAAGAUCUUUUCUGCAUGUGUCAAGGGCCUUUCUGCUGGGUGCCCUAAUGGAUUGAAGCAACUCCCCCAGAGCUGUUCCCAACUCUGUGUCCCUCUCCCUGUCCCCCGUGCCGACCAGCGACAUGGUUGCUAUAUGUGCGGGAAGAGUUUUGCCUGGCACUCCACUCUGCUGCAGCACUUGUACACGCACAUGGGGGUGAAGCCCUUCUGCUGCUCUGAUUGUGGCAAAGUCUUCAGCCAGGCCUCUUCCCUCAACAAGCACCGGGCUUUCCACCUCGGGGAGCGGCCCCACCUCUGCCCAGACUGUGGCCGGACCUUCACCCAGCGCUGUAACCUCACGACCCACCUGCGGGUACACACGGGGGAAAAGCCCUACCGCUGUGCAGACUGCGGCCGCUGCUUCAGCCAGAGCUCUGCUCUCUGCCAGCAUCAGCGGGUGCACAGUGGCGAGACCCCCUAUCCAUGCCCAGACUGUGGCCGUGCCUUUGCCCAUGCCUCAGACCUUCGACGCCAUGUGCGUACCCAUACGGGUGAGAAGCCCUACCCGUGCCCAGACUGUGGGCGCAGCUUCCGACAGCGCUCCGAGUUAGUAGUUCACCGCCGCACGCACAGUGGUGAGCGCCCAUACCCUUGUCCUCAGUGUGGCAGGUGUUUCAGCCAGAAGUCAGCAGUGACCAAGCACCUGUGGGUCCAUAGACCAGGUGCUGGGGGACGCAGGGGACGUGUGGUCAGCAGGUUGCUUAGCCCCCUGACUCCUGGCCGAGCCGACCUAGACCCGCCAGUGGGCUUCCAGCACUAUCCAGACAUAUUCCAGGAGUGUGGGUGAUGGCCUCACAAGUUGUGCCAAAGGUGAAGAUCUCUGUGUUGCCUGGGCUGGGCUCUGCAGCGUCUCUGGAACAUCACAGCUGGACCAAGAUCGCGGUGAUUGUUUUGGGCCCUCAUCAGCUUGAUCCACUGAC